UGAUGGCCGUGAUGGAGUCGCUCACGAUGGGCGACCGUAUAAACAAACGCACCCGCUACCACCCGCAGGAUCGACGGCGAUCUCAAAACUUUAUUUCAGUUUUGUGACGCCUCCAAAGACUGCAGUGCCGAAACCAAUACCGAACUAUUCCUUGAACUCUGUGAGUUCUGCAUCAUGGAGUUCAAGCCCAAUGAUGAUUCCGUCACCAGCGAAUCGGCGCCCCUCAUCGAGCCCGUCGACUGCGAAAGCGAUCGGGACCUGUUCAUGGUCCCCCUAAAGAGGCCGUCGCCCCGAAUGCCACCAUCUCGCUAUCGGAAUGUUAAACCAAGGACACCUCCCAGAUCACCAGUGGCGCCAUCGCCACGUUUUAACCUCCAGAAAUCCCCGCAACCCGCCUCACAGGUUGAAGGCAGCCCUUACAUUAGUUCACCCAUGUCUGGACGCACCAUCAAGCCCGACAGCCCUCCUAUGUUUACUUCACCUCUCAUGUCCCCAGAAUCAGGGGGUGGCCUCAUGUCACCCGAGUCGGGGGCACUUGGCAUUGACGGCAUUCUGAACGCACAUGCACAAAACAUGGCAACGCCAGGGUCGCUAGUCUACAACAGCCCGCCCAUGUCACAGGGCAGGAACACCAAAGUGGGCUCGUCUCCCGUCAUGUCGACCGAGGCCGGCUCAGCGCGGCAGAGCCCGCAGCAGUCCUCCAGCAAGGAAAACACCACAUCCGCGUCCCGCUCCACGGACGACAAGCCCAACCCGUCGACCAAAGCCUCCUCCGUCUACGACAGCCCGCCCGAGAUCGUCGAGAACAAGCCCGAGCCAGACAGCACCGACAACCAACAAGCCGCCGCCGCCGCACCCCCGGCAAUCCCCCCUCUCUCCACCGCCCGCAACCGCACCGGCACCGACACCAAGACCAAACAAUCCCGCAACCUCGGCCUCGCGCUGCACCUCUCCCCCAACCCCAACACCAUCAACCCCGACCUGCUCACCAUCCCCGGCGGCGACGCCAAAACCCCACGCUCCCCGCGCUCCCCCGGGCACAACAACUGGACGGUCCCGGACUCCCCGCUCGAGCGCCUCUCCCAGAUGCGCGCCACCCCCGAUUCGGCCUACGACCGGGCGCGGCAGAUGGAGGUGCGGCGGUCCGAGUGGAAGCACGUGGUGUACCGGUUCCCCGUCAAGGGCGCGGAGCACUGGGUGAUCGACGCCGACCUGACCGAGAGCUCGCACGCGCGCCUGGCCGACGUGGCGCGCCGGUCGAGCGAGGGGUUCGAGUGGAACGGGGACUACGAGCUGGCGAAUAUUUACAGGGUGUUGGCGGUCGCGCAUACGAGGGUCAUGGAGGAGAUGCGCGGGGAGAGGAGGGGCGUGAGGGCGUAA